AACUAAUAAUUGUAAGAUCUUUUGAAUAGAUAAAUAAAGAUAUUUGAUUAGCAGGAGGAGUGCUUGAGUAAUUGCUCACGACUAAGUCCCUUUCUUAUUCUAGUCUUUCUUCCUUUCACUAUCUCCUCAAUUUUUCAAAUGCCUCCUCAUCAUCUCAAGUUGGCUGGCACGACUUGACCGCGUUGAAUCGUUCAGACAGAUUCGUUAAUAAUUACAAAGUGUUUUUUUUUCUUCUUCUGUAUGUUCUUAUAAACUGAAGAGGUUCUUCUUUUAUCUCUUCCUCUGUCACGUACUCUUAGAGUUCUGGUUUCGAAGGAAUAUGUAUGGGAUUUUCAAGAUUUUCUUGGAUUUGAAAGUUUGAAAACUACAUAAAAGCUCUUCUUUUAAAGGUAAAAGGGAUCUGCCAAGAAAUGGCAUCCAAUAAACAUUUCAGUAAAAUUCCAUCAAACCUAUCAAACAACUCUGACGCCAACGAGCCAGCAAGGCCUUAUGUUCCCAACACAGUCACGUUCGCUAGAAGAACCAACUCCGGUCGCUAUGUCAACUACUCCAGAGACGACCUCGACAGCGAAAUAGGCAGCGUUGACUUCACAAACUACACCGUUCACAUGCCUCCAACACCCGACAACCAGACGACAGACCCUUCCAUAUCCCAAAAAGUCGAAGAGCAAUACGUCUCUAACUCCAUGUUCACCGGAGGAUUCAACAGCACCACCAAGGCUCACCUCAUGGACAAAGUGAUCGAGAGAGAGGCCAACCAUCCGCAGAUGGCUGGCGCUAAAGGAUCCUCUUGCGCCAUCCCUGGCUGUGAUGCUAAGGUGAUGACGGACGGGAGAGGUCAAGAUCUUCUCCCUUGUGAAUGUGACUUCAAAAUCUGUAGGGACUGCUUCAUGGACGCGGUCAAGACCGGUGGUGGGAUCUGCCCCGGGUGUAAACUACCUUACAAGAACACGGAUUUGACUGACCAGGCUGAUCAGCAGGGGACUGAUCGUGGCGGCGGCGGGUCGAAGAUGGAGAGGAGAUUGUCGUUGAUGAAGUCGAAUAACAAGUCAGCUAUGGUGAGGAGUCAAACCGGAGAUUUCGAGCAGAACCAGUGGUUGUAUGAGACAACUGGGACUUAUGGUUAUGGGAAUGCGUUUUGGACAAAGGAUGGGAACUUUGGGAGCGGUAAGGAUGGAGAUGGUGAAGGUAUGGAGACGCAAGAUUUGAUGAGCAGGCCUUGGAGACCACUUACUAGGAAGCUGAGCAUUCCUGCUGCUGUUCUUAGUCCAUACAGGCUUUUGAUAUUGAUCCGUGUGGUUGUACUUGCAUUGUUCUUGUCUUGGAGAAUUAAGCAUCAAAACCAAGAUGCUGUAUGGUUAUGGGGAAUGUCUGUGGUUUGUGAGCUUUGGUUCGCCUUUUCUUGGCUUCUUGAUCAGCUCCCUAAGCUAUGUCCUGUUAACCGUUCGACCGAUCUCCAAGUCCUGAAGGAGAAGUUCGAAAUGCCAACACCGAGCAACCCGACCGGAAAGUCCGACCUUCCUGGUCUCGAUGUGUUUGUCUCUACAGCAGAUCCGGAGAAAGAACCUCCUCUGGUCACUUGCAACACCAUUUUAUCGAUUCUAGCUGCGGAAUAUCCUUGUGAGAAGCUUGCUUGCUACGUAUCCGAUGAUGGAGGUGCGCUUCUCACGUUUGAAGCCAUGGCCGAAGCUGCGAGCUUUGCAAACAUAUGGGUUCCUUUCUGUCGUAAACAUGCCAUCGAGCCGAGGAAUCCUGACUCCUACUUUAGCUUGAAGAGAGAUCCUUACAAGAACAAAGUGAAGUCUGACUUCGUCAAGGACCGGAGAAUGGUUAAGCGUGAGUAUGAUGAGUUCAAAGUCAGGAUCAACAGCUUGCCUGACUCGAUAAGGAGACGUUCUGAUGCUUAUCACGCUAGGGAAGAGAUUAAAGCCAUGAAGAUGCAGAGACAGAACAGAGACGAUGAGCUUUUGGAGCCUGUCAAGAUUAAGAAAGCUACGUGGAUGGCUGAUGGUACUCACUGGCCUGGAACUUGGUUGACUUCUUCUAGUGACCACGCCAAAGGUGACCACGCUGGUAUCAUUCAGGUGAUGUUAAAGCCACCUAGUGACGAGCCACUACAUGGAGAUUCCGAAAGCUUCAUUGAUUUCGCCGAUGUGGACAUUCGACUCCCUCUCCUUGUUUAUGUAUCCCGUGAGAAGCGACCUGGUUACGAUCACAACAAGAAGGCAGGAGCCAUGAACGCACUAGUAAGAGCUUCCGCGGUCAUGUCAAACGGAGCAUUCAUUCUCAAUCUCGACUGUGACCAUUACAUAUACAACUCCGAGGCAAUGAGAGAAGGUAUGUGCUUCAUGUUGGACAGGGGAGGCGAGAGGCUUUGCUACGUUCAGUUCCCGCAACGGUUCGAAGGUAUCGACCCGUCUGAUCGGUACGCUAACCACAACACUGUCUUCUUUGAUGUCAACAUGAGAGCUCUCGAUGGACUUAUGGGUCCGGUUUACGUCGGAACCGGUUGUCUCUUCCGGAGGGUAGCUCUUUACGGGUUUGACCCGCCUAAGUCCAGAGAACGUUCCUCUGGUUGUUUCGGUUGUUGUUUCCCUCGUGGUAAGAAGAAGAAGAAUCACAUCUCUGAGGAGAACAGAGCUCUGAGGAUGGGUGAGUAUGAUGACGAGGAGAUGAGUCUUUCUAUAGUCCCUAAGAAGUUUGGUAACUCGACUUUCCUUCUUGACUCUAUACCCGUCGCUGAGUUCCAAGGCAGGCCUUUGGCGGACCACCCGUCCGUUAAAAACGGGCGCCCGCCCGGUGCGCUCACCAUCCCACGUGAGCUUCUCGAUGCGACCACAGUAGCCGAAGCUAUCGCUGUGAUCUCUUGUUGGUACGAAGAUAAGACCGAGUGGGGUUCGCGUAUCGGCUGGAUCUACGGGUCGGUCACCGAAGACGUCGUGACGGGUUACAGGAUGCAUAACCGUGGGUGGAGGUCGGUUUACUGCGUGACGAAACGCGAUGCCUUCAGAGGCACGGCACCUAUUAACUUGACGGACAGGCUUCACCAGGUGCUCCGUUGGGCUACUGGCUCUGUUGAGAUCUUCUUUUCUCGUAACAACGCGUUUCUAGCUAGCCCUAAGAUGAUGAUCCUCCAGAGAAUCGCUUACUUGAACGUUGGUAUCUACCCGUUCACGUCGAUCUUCCUCAUUGUCUACUGUUUCCUCCCUGCGUUGUCCCUCUUCUCUGGUCAGUUCAUCGUCCAGACGCUUAACGUGACUUUCCUAGUCUACCUUCUCAUCAUCUCCAUCACUCUCUGCUUGCUCGCCCUGCUGGAGAUCAAAUGGUCGGGGAUUUCGCUAGAGGAAUGGUGGAGAAACGAACAGUUUUGGCUCAUCGGAGGAACAAGCGCUCACAUCGCAGCUGUGCUUCAGGGUUUGCUCAAGGUCAUGGCUGGUGUUGAGAUCUCGUUCACGCUCACUACCAAGUCAGGAGGAGAUGACGUGGACGAUGAGUUUGCGGAUUUGUACAUGGUGAAAUGGACCUCGCUUAUGAUCCCUCCUAUAACGAUCAUGAUGGUGAAUCUGAUCGCUAUCGCGGUUGGAUUCAGCAGGACGAUCUACGCUGUGGUCCCUCAGUGGAGUAAGUUGUUAGGUGGAGUGUUCUUUAGCUUCUGGGUGUUGGCCCAUCUUUAUCCUUUUGCUAAAGGGUUGAUGGGGAGAAGAGGUAGAACACCGACGAUUGUUUAUGUCUGGGCUGGUCUCAUUGCCAUCACGAUCUCUCUUCUUUGGGUUGCUAUUAACCCACCGGCUGGUAAUACUGAGAUCGGAGGGUCUUUCACUUUUCCAUGAUAGGUUUUGGUUGGUUGGUUGGUCCGUUGAGUGUGUCUCAAGAAAAGAUAACUCGGUGGUCUUUUUUUUUUAUAAAAAAAAACUCAUAUUCGUUUAUUAUAUUUUUUUGUUAUUUCUGUCUGAUUAGGACAGAGAUCGGCUAAAUAUAGUUUGAACGAGACGAGUGAAUGUACUUAAUUACUACUUAGUUUCUGUCGCUGUUUUUUUUUUUGUUUUAUUGUUCUCGUUGUAUCAUUUAUAACAUAUGCUUUUUCUUCUUCU